AUGUCGGUGUCACAGAACCAGGCGUCCUAUACCUGGAGAUUGAAUCCGUCAUACAUUCAAAACAUUCAAAACCGAAAGUUCAAGAAUGACUACAUUAUGAAGGAAGAGCUCGGAAAGGGAGGCUUCGGGACAGUCAUGAGGUGUGUGACCAAAGAUGGGAAGAAAGAGUUGGCCGCGAAGAUCAACAAUUCGCCCGACAAGAAGGCGAGUAUGAAGAUGGAGGCCGACUUCAGUAGAGACCUGUCCUUCGACGCAAACAACCCCAAUGUUAAACCGCACAUGAAUUUGGUCAACAUAUUUGACUCCAUCACCGAAGGAGACAUUGUCUACAAUCUGUACGAAAUGGCGUCCGGAGGCGAUCUCAUGGAAGCCAUCAACGAGAAGGAGUUCUUCGCUGCUGUGGACGCGGCGAUUGCCAUUAAACAGAUCCUCGAUGGCGUCCACUUCAUGCACGAACGCGGUAUUCUGCACCGGGAUCUCAAGCCCCACAACAUUCUGGUUCAGGGAAGAGAUAUUCAGGUUUACAAAGUGACCGAUUUUGGGCUCUGCUGUAAACGCCACACAGAUGCUCAGGGUCAGUUCAUUGCAAAGGCUCAUGGAAACGCCGGCACUCCUCAGUAUCAGCCGCCCGAGUGUCACAUUCCUCCCAAAGAAUACGACACCGAUUUCGACAUUUGGAGUUGCGGUUGUAUUCUCUACCAAAUGCUGGCCGGAUAUCCGCCGUUCUUCGACUCAGACGCGGCUAAAUUGCAAAGGAGUAUCAUAGACAUCGACUUCCCGUACCCGAGCCCUGAAUGGGAAAACAUGGCCGACGCCAAAGAUAUGAUUGAUAAAAUGCUGGCACCCAUAGAAAAUUUUGCCCAAGUUUGGCACAAUAGCGGUAAUCGGGUGUACCCCAAAGCCAGAUACAAUCGCCAGACAUACGCCCAACUCAUUACUGACAAGUUUUACACGGAUGGCGCCGCUCAGCACAUCCGCACCAAACCCACGGAAACCACGCUUGAGAAGUAUAACGCCCGAUGUGUCGCCAAAAAGGCUAUUCUUGAGGCUUACUGGGCAGCUAACCCACCGCCACCCCCACCGGCACCGUAA